AUGAAUAAUAAUAAUAAUACUAAUAAUAAUUAUGAUGUCGAUGGCACAAAUACGAAUUAUUCCACUAGACAACAGUUGUCUGAUAAUAAUGUUAAUGUAAAUAAUGCUCCAUGUAUUUUACAGUCUCCUAUUGUCGAUUAUUAUGAACAAGAAUCUUUUCAUGAAAUAUCAUCUCAACAAAAUUCUCUCUAUAAUAAUGAUCUUUAUCAAAAUAAUACUAAUCAUCUUUAUCGAUAUAAUCUGCUUUCAUCAACAUCAGUUAAUCAAUCAAGUAAUUCCUGUGUAUAUACCUGUCAAAAUGGUUCAAUAGGAAAUUAUUGCGAAGAAAAUGGUACAUCAAUUUCAUCCAAUGGAUGCCCACAAUCCACUAUUGUCUCUUCUAUUAAUCCAAUGUCUCUUGAUCUGUAUGCUUUAUCAAUAAGUCCUUCUUCAGGUGUACAUAAAUCUUCAAAUUGUCCUCCAUUGUCAAUACAACAUUCGAAUGAUUUAAAUUCAUCUAUCAAUAUAGUUGCAUCAUUAUCAUCAUUAAAUAAAGAAGAACAGAAUUCUCCUGUGAUCUAUCCAUGGAUGCGUAAAGCGCAUAUAAAUAAUCCAGUUAUAAAUUAUACAAGUGGAGAAACGAAACGAGCUCGUACAGCUUAUACUCGACAUCAAGUAUUAGAAUUAGAAAAAGAAUUUCAUUUUUCAAAGUAUUUAAAUCGUCGAAGACGUAUCGAAAUAGCUGGUUCUCUUGUUUUAACUGAACGGCAAAUCAAAAUUUGGUUUCAAAAUAGAAGAAUGAAAUGGAAAAAAGAUCAUAAAUUACCAAACACAAAAUCUAAAUUACCAGAAACAUUUCCAUCAGCAACAACAUCUUCACCGAAUUUUAUAAAAAAAGAAGAACAAGAAGAUGAUAUUGAUCCAAGUAUAAUGAAUAAUUAUAUAAAAGAAGAAUCGUUUUCAUCGACAUCAACUAAUUAA